ACCUUCCUUCACUUUACGUCCAGACGUCGUGGUGUGAGGUUCGCUCGUACGCUCCUGAGUUCGCCGCCAAGUCGAAAAUUCUACCGUCUCCUCUUUACAAAUAAAAACCACCACUCAAAAUGUGUGACGAAGAAGUUGCUGCCCUCGUCGUCGACAAUGGCUCCGGCAUGUGCAAGGCUGGCUUCGCCGGUGACGACGCUCCUCGAGCUGUCUUCCCCUCCAUCGUCGGUCGUCCCCGUCAUCAGGGUGUGAUGGUGGGUAUGGGCCAGAAAGACUCGUACGUGGGCGACGAGGCUCAGAGCAAGCGAGGUAUCCUCACCCUCAAGUACCCCAUCGAGCACGGUAUCGUCACCAACUGGGAUGAUAUGGAGAAGAUCUGGCAUCACACUUUCUACAAUGAGCUCCGUGUUGCCCCCGAGGAACACCCAGUCCUCUUGACUGAGGCUCCUCUUAACCCCAAGGCUAACCGUAUCAAGAUCAUUGCUCCCCCUGAACGCAAAUACUCCGUAUGGAUCGGUGGCUCCAUCCUUGCCUCCCUCUCUACCUUCCAGCAGAUGUGGAUCAGCAAACAAGAAUAUGACGAGUCUGGCCCCUCAAUUGUCCACAGGAAGUGCUUCUAAAUCGUACUUAGCUAGAUUUAUAUGUACAUGGUUAGGUAGCGGAAACUUUCUACAAUAAUUCCAAUAGAAGUAAGGAUUUCGUUAUUUAAAACAUGAAUUCAUUUCUAUGCAGAUUAUAUCAUU